AAAUGAAUGAUAUAAAUCACAAGUGUUAAGGAAACAUUGAGACGCGCGCGUGUUGGACGUGCUUAACCCUUUAAAAAUAAAAGUGUAGUUAUUAAUAGUAAAAAGUUUGUGUAUAGUGAAAACUUAAUAGAUUUCUUGAAAAGUUUAUUUAGGACACAGUAAAAUUAGGACGAACUCCGAAGCCGGUGCCUUGCACAGAUGUCCGUAUCACAUUUAUGAUAUAGGCCAACGUCGGAAACAUGGAGAUGAGCCAUCAAGGUGGGGCGGAGGCCGAGAGCCUCCUAAGACAUGACCAGAGGAGCGCCAUCGUCAUGCCCGGCCAGCGGACUGGACGCUGGGAGGAUGGCGAGAAGGCUCCGUUCCUACGUAACGAGCCGGUGAAACUGACACCCGCUUGGGAGGCCACGAACCUGCCCAAUGACACGCUCAACUUGAAAGGUAUAGCAAUGGACCUGACUCCGCCGAAAGAUAAAUGGAACCUCAUUUAUCUGACGUUGGUGCUUCACGGCUUGGGAACGCUGACCGCCUGGAACAUGUUCAUAACAGCGAAAGCGUACUUUGAGACGUACAAACUCGCCUCGGAGCCGGCCUUGUCCGAGAACUUCCUCACGUACAUCGGCUGGGCGAGUCAGAUACCGAAUUUGCUGUUCAGCUGGUUUAAUAUAUUUUUCCAAUUGGGCGGGAAUUUAACCACGAGGAUAGUUUGGUCAUUGUGUAUUGAAGUGUGCAUAUUUGUCUUCACCGUGAUAUUGGCGAUGGUGGACAGCACCGAAUGGACACUGACAUUCUUCGGACUCACAAUAGCAUCCGUGUUCUUUUUGAACGCAUUCAACGCGGUGUUCCAAAAUUCAGUUUACGGUCUGGCCGCGAAGCUCCCGCCCAAAUAUACCGGUGCCGUGGUCCUGGGCUCCAAUAUAUGUGGAACCCUGGUCGCGAUACUGCAGUGGGCUUCUGACAUGUUCGGCAACAUACGUACAUCCGCCAUAUAUUACUUCAUCGCUGGAAUGUUCGUUCUUCUCAUAUGCUUCGACACGUAUUUCGCAUUGCCGCUUAAUAGGUUUUAUCGUUAUCACGAUACUCUGCAAGAGAGGACGAUGCGAGUGAACCCUGCCCUCGCAGCCACCGAUCAGAAUUCGAGUCCGAACAAGAGGAGCAUACCGUACGGAACGAUCUUCGCGCAAUCCUGGGUUCAGCUCUACAACAUAUUCGUUACCUUCUUUGUGACGCUCGCGAUCUACCCCGGCUUGCAUUCGGAAAUUGAUCCAGUGACUCCGGGAUUUCUCGGUAAAAAUUUCGUUUCGAUCACGUGCUUUAUAACGUUCAACGUGACCGCCAUGCUGGGGAACAUCACCGCCAGCCUCUGGCAAUUUCCUAACAAACGUUGGCUGGCGCUGUUCACGUCGUUACGGUUCCUGUUCAUCCCGCUGUACUUCGUGUGCAACUACAAGCCGCUGACGCGCACGCUGCCCGUGCUCGUCCGCGCGGACUGGGCCUACUGGCUCAUCGCCGUGCUGUUCGGCUGGAGCUCGGGCCACGGCAGCAGCCUGGGGAUGAUGUACGUCAGCGGCACGGUGUCCCCGGAGCACGCGUCCACUGCGGGCAUGGUGGGCGGCGCCAUGCUCGUCACCGGCAUCGUGUCGGGGAUCACCUUCAGCUGGUUGUGUCCGCUCGUCGUCACCAUGGACUUAUGGAAGAGCAUCUAGCACAUGUUCACGGACGCCAACUACCGCUGGACCCUGCCCGCCGAUUGGUUCGGCCUCUGAACUCUGGGCCGCUGGAAUUUGUACCCUGAUACAAAGCUGUCAAAGUGCAAUUUUGCUUGGUGUGUUUCAAAGAUUAUUACAAACAUCGAGACUCACUGUGCUCGGUGUCCGAAUCGUUAGUGCAGUGAAAUUUGUGACUUACCAUAAAGUGUUUACAGUUGAUAUCGAUCGUUGAAAUUAUUGAGAAAUAUUGUUAUUGUGUUUGAAGAUCAACGUAAUGCAAUUUGUGACUUAUAUCGCGAAUUGUGAAAGUGUAAAAUCGAGUGCAGUUUUGAGACACUGCAUUAUUUGAGAGUUGCGUGUGAAGAUUGUGAGAUGUUGUAUGAUUAAAGUGGAAUCAUUGAUAUGUUUUAAGUUUUUAUAAAGUUUAUUGAUACAAUGGUUAACUUGCAUGUAAUAAUGACAAUUAGUAAUUUGUAUUUUUUUUUUACUAGAAUAAUUUAUGAUUGACAAAAAUGAUGAAAGAUAUUAAAAUAGAUUAUAUUCAAAUACUUUUUAGACAGAAAAUGCUGAACGUUAUGUUGUGUAUAAAAAUAUCAACAUAGAAAAACCUUUGUAACGAAAACAGCAUUUAAAACCAAAUUAAUAAAAUGUACAUUAGUAUGUUACAUAUAUAUAAUUUUUUAAGUAUGGUUGUUCUUGUUUGUUUCAAGUAAUUGCAAUUGCAUAUUGAAUUAAAAUCAAUCUUAUUUCGUUAGCUUUCAAAAUGUACCUUUGUUAUGAGAUAAGGAAUGUAUAAUCGUAAUUAUUUUCUUUUUAAUUAAAAGUAAGGAAUGCAACAUUUCAUUAUUUAAAAUGUUUUAUCAGUGCCUUUGAUUUAAACAAAUUUCUGUUCAAAAUUUUCUCAAUAAUUGACUAUUUAUUUCUUAAAUCAUGACAACCUUUCGAAUUUCGCUUCUUAAGACUAGACUGACACUACAAAAUGACAAGCAAAACUUUUGCCUCACCAUUGUGAGUCUAAAUUAAUACAUUUAGUGUUUUGAAAAAACGAAAUAAGACAUAUUCAUGUUUAUCAGAAAACUGAAAAUGAUCAUUAUCGACGUAGUAAUACAGCUUGUUAUCCUACUACGUAAAAUUUUACAUUAAACGUUACAUAAAUGUACUCAUGUUGAUUUUUAUCGGAUUAUAUUUAUUUGUAUUUUUGCAAAAAAAAUUCAAAUUGGAAUGUCUGAUAAAGAUAUUUAUAUUAAAAAUUGAUUAAAUUUAAUAUUAUUUAUCAUAAAACAAAAAAACAGUUAAUCCGAGUUAGUAAGCAAUUUAAAUAGCUAUUUCUUUGAAAAUAAUUUUUUAUUAAAAUUUAAAUACUGUAGUAUCUCCAAAUUUAUCUUGAAACAUGUCAUUGUUUAAGUGUUUUAUAAAUUUGUUACAAUUUUAAAAGUUUAAGUAAAAUUAUGCUAAUUUUUGCCGUAAAAUUGAUUACUUUACUAAUUAAAAAUAUGCUAACUUUCCUAUAUCCUUGAGUGCAACAGUAAUCUGAAAUCAGGUAUUGGACGUGAUUUUAUUUAGUAUACUGACUUGUCCAAAUUUUGAUAUCGAAAGAAUAUUGUUUAUCGUAUUGUAGAUUUAACAGACUGAGGCGACUAAUAUUCUGCUAGUGAAUUCUUUGAAUUAAUUUAAAAUAACUUUUUAUGUAAACGUAACAUUAAUUUAGAAAGUCAUUUUAUCGAUAUCGAUAUCGAUAUAAAUUUGUUGCAUUGUUAAGUAUUUAGUAACUACAUACGUGCUGCUAAACUAAAUUUAUGGACGAUAUAUUAUUAUGUAUAACAAAAUUAAAAUUCGAUCUCUUUAGUUCAUCCUAUUAAUCGUAUAUAUUCGAUAAUUUUGUUUAAGGUUUCUACUACAACAAAAAAAAAUCGAUUCUUCAAACUACCAUCAAUUCAUAUCGAUAUCGAUAUUGUAAACAACAGUUUAGUCGAUUAUGACGGGUUCUUAUUUGUUAAUUGUGUAAUGCGUUACAAAUGCUAAAAUUAAACUAUAUUUAUAGAAGGGAACUGUAGGUAUAAAUCGAUAGUGUAGGAGAUAUGUGAGGUAAUAUUUGUUUUAUGUUUGAGGGCUUACUGGAGGCCCAGAGGCCUAGUCGAGCAAAGGCUCAGCCAGGAGGGGUGGGAUUUGCUAACAGCUGCCCGAGCGCCUCCAUAGUAGACCUAAAAACUCAAUAGUAACUGCAUCGCCAAUGAAUCUACUACCGGAAUGAUGAAUAAUGAUAGGAAUCGCGACCCGCUGAGUGCUCUGGUAGUACGCGUUGUCAUUGCAAACUGCACAUUUUCAAACCAUAUUUAAAUUAAUCAACCUAAAUAUACAAACAAACAUUCGUGUGAUAGAUAGCUUUACUCUUUGUUGUGUUUAUUAAGCUAUUGCAUAGCAUUUAUCGCGGGCUUUGAGCGUGGCGACUGAAUCAAGAAAUUCCGUAACGAUAAUAACCUGACACCCCCACUACGCCUACUAUGUAUCUCGCGUUCAACACAUUCACACGUUGCGCUGGUGUAGUGUUUGUAAAUAAGCGCGCGGCGUGACGUCGCACUGCAUGAGCAUCAUGAAAAGUUUGCCCAUCUCUCUCUCACGGGGUCUAGCUUAUGAGUGUGAAGGGGACAUUUAAUGUUUAUAAAGAUAGAGUGGUCUUAUUUUUAUUAUUGUUUUAAUAUUAAAUUAUUAUUGUCUAAUACUAAUUGCAUAAGUUAAUAAAAAAUGCUUUGCAAUAGCUUUACCGCGGCUGUCCCCGAGUGCCACACGUGUUUUUAUUUAUUAUUUAUAUAUGAAUAUGUUGAAACAUGUGUAUUUAAGUAUGUUUAUCAGUCUCUGCUACCCAUAACGCAGGGCAUCCUAAAUUGGUGUCGGAUGGCCGUCGUCCAUGAUUUGUUCCCAGUUAUAGAAAAAAAAAACUGCGAGACUUAACCGUUUAAGUAGGUUUAAUUAUGUCUAGGUAUGACUACGAAAUAGUUCCGUAUUAAGUUGAAAACGAACCGUUUUCCGUAACAAAAAAUAUUUCCCAAUGAAUGAUACUGUUUAUAUUUUAGCAUUUGAAGACGCAUUCGUGGGUUUUUUUUUCUAGUGUUAAAAACGUGUGUUCAUGACGCAAGCCAAAUUUUUGUUCACCUUUGAACGAUUUUGUUUCUCCUCACUCAGCAUUUGUUUACUUUUAUUUAUUAAAUAGAGGAAUGUUUUUA